UCCCCCAUUUCUCAGCUAAACUCUUCAUUUCACAAAUACAGAGGGAAAAACAGGAAGGCAACCUCUAGUAUAUUCAAGCAACAAUGGCAGCAGCCAUUGAUCUUGCAAAGCUAGGCCUGAGAUUCCAAAAUGAACCCUUUUUUGUGAAGCCAAAUCCCGCAUCAAAAAGCACCAUUUUGACUCGGGCUGCUCAUAAUUUGUUGUCGAGUCAGAGUUUUGGUAGGCAAAACCGUGCUCCAAGAAGAUUGUGUACAAUGUGCUCAAUGAUUGACCAACAAGAGAAGGAACAGGUUGUUGAGGAGGCUUCAGAUUCUGGGUUUACUAAAGAAGAGAGUUCUUUGAUUGAUGCUUUCAUUGGUGUCCUGGGCCGGGGUCGCUCUGCUUCUUCUAAGCAGCUGCAAGAUGUUGAACGAGCCGUGCAAGUGCUAGAAGGUUUAGUAGGAGUGCCUGAACCAACAAGCUCAAGCUUGAUAGAAGGCCGCUGGCAGUUGAUGUUCACCACAAGACCAGGCACAGCAUCUGCAAUUCAGAGAACAUUCGUUGGAGUUGAUUCAUUCACUGUAUUUCAAGAGGUAUACCUUCGUACAAAUGACCCACGUGUGUCCAACAUUGUCAAGUUUUCUGAUGCUGUGGGUGAGCUAAAAGUAGAGGCAACAGCAACACUUAAAGAUGGAAAGCGAAUCCUUUUCCAAUUUGACAGAGCUGCAUUUUCUUUCAAAUUUCUGCCCUUCAAGGUUCCAUAUCCAGUUCCAUUUAGACUUCUCGGAGAUGAGGCAAAGGGCUGGUUAGAUACUACAUACUUGUCUCAAUCUGGAAACAUUCGUAUCUCAAGGGGAAAUAAGGGAACCACAUUUGUGCUGCAAAAGGAAACUGAUUCAAGGCAAAAGUUGCUGUCUGUCAUAUCCACAGGAUUAAAUGUUAAAGAGGCGAUUGAAGAGUUCAUCACCUUAAAUCAAAAAGUAGCAGAGACCGAACUCGAACUCCUUGAAGGGGAAUGGAAAAUGAUAUGGAGUUCUCAGGUUGAAACAGACAGUUGGAUUGAGAAUGCUGCUAAUGGUCUUAUGGGCAACCAGAUUGUCAGACCAAAUGGAAGCUUGAAAUUUCUAGUUGACAUGUUUCUUGGCUUCAAAUUCUCUAUGACAGGAACAUUUGUGAAAUCUGGUACCAACACAUAUGAUGUGACAAUGGAUGAUGGAGCAAUCGUGAUUGGCACAUAUGGACUCCCAAUGGAAAUGGAAACCAAGAUCACCCUGGAAAUAAUAUAUACUGAUGACAAGAUCAGAAUAUCCCGAGGCUACAACAGAAUCCUUUUUGUUCAUGUACGUAUAGAUGGGUCCGAACAGAAAUGAUAUGUCAUCUGAGUGAAAGAAGUUGCUUGAUUCAAUCUCAGAGGUGCAAAAAGGUAAAGCAGUGGUGGAAUUAGUUUAACAAGAAGUUCAGCAGAUUUGGAAGAUAUAUUUCUAGCUGAGUGGUAAUUUGAUCAUGAAAAUUUAAAGCAUGUUAAGUGAAAAAGAUGGCCAAAUAGUAUUCAAAACUAUAAUUAGUAUUACCAUUUUAGUUCCCAUCAGAACGUGCUAGACCAUGUAAAUGAUAAGCAAGAAAUAGCUUGUACUUAUAAUUUGUUUAUUAUGAGAACCCAAGAAAGAGACCAAAAUAAAUUUAUUUAAAAAGAAAAAAA